AUGAGCAGAGCACUCCUUCGCUCCGUGCUGGAGCUGAGGGCUCCCAGCUGCCGCGCCCUGCCUCGAAUCGCACCAUUCCAGCAGAUCCAGCCUCGAUGCGCCUUCAACACCACGGCUCCCAUCGUCGAGCCCAUCUCGCCGAUUCAUCAUCCUAACAACGCCGCCAACCCGACCGGCUCCCAAGUCCGACCCAUCGCUUUCAAGAAGAGCCACCCUGCCGAACCUCCCGCUCCCAUCCCCGACUCCGUCAAGACUCUCUUGCCUCUCCUCGCCGCCCAGCCCGGCCACUACAUCACCGUCCACAUCCACGGCUUCCCCUACCUGGUCCAGGAGGGCGACCAGAUCCGCCUGCCCUUCAAGAUGCCGGGUGUCCUCCCCGGAGAUGUGCUGCGACUGAAUCGCGCGAGCGUCAUCGGUAGCCGAGACUACACUAUGAAGGGUGCGCCGAGCAUCGAUGAGAGGGUGUUUGAAUGCCGAGCGACGGUGUUGGGAACGGAGUCAGAGCCAAUGAGGAUCAAGGUCAAGACAAAGAGGAGGCAGAGGAGGAAGCGCCAGGCGAAGAGCAAGCAUCGAUAUACCAUUUUGCGCAUUUCCGAGUUGAACAUUAAGAAUUUGGAUGAGAUUGAAGCUUCAUCAUGA